AUGUCAAAUUCUUUCGUAUAUUUUUCGUUCCUUACAAAAAUCGGAUGCUGUCUAACUUUUCUAACAAACUGCCUACUAAUAUAUCUCACCGUUGCCCAUAUCAAAAUGAUAAUUGGAGUUUACAAGUACAUGAUCAUUAUCUUUUCGUUACUCGGAAUCACUUUUUCCAUUAUCGAACAAAUCGCAAGACCAUACGUCCAUAACUACAACAAAGGCAUCAUGUUCUUUAGCUUCGGCUGGGACGGGGUUCCUGAAGACGUCAUGCAAACUGGAUUAGUGAUUUACGCUUUAUUUUAUGUCUUGAUUGUGGCUUUUGUAGCUGUACAGUUUGUCUACAGAUAUGUUACACUGAUAAGUCCAGAGCUUUGUACCAAGUUUGAAGGUUUUGGAGUUAUGGUAUGGGGAUCUUAUCCACUGGUUGUUGGAACUUUGAAUGGUUUGUCAAUUUUUAUAAUGGCCUAUCCAGACAAGUUUGGGGAUGAGUACAUGAGAGGAGCAAUACUCGAUGUUUAUGAUCUUUCCAUAUCCAAAGUUCCACGCCUUCUGAUCAUUCCAUAUGACAGUGAAAAUCACAUCAGAUGGCUCAACCUCUUUUAUCUUUUUUCUGGUUCCUUCUGUCUAUUAUCUCAAUAUUCCAUCAUUGUUUUCUGUGGUCUUCGUAUGCAAUCUCAGAUGCAGAAAGAGCUUCAGAAGUUCUCAAUUCCCAAUCGAAAGCUUCAAAAGCAAUUUUUCAAAGCUCUCGUCAUUCAAAUCAUUGUUCCAACUGUAAUAUUCGUUUUUCCAUCGACACCAAUUCUACUAGUCCCAUUGCUGAACAUUGAAAUAAGUGUGCAAUCCGGUGCAAUAUGCUCCUUAUUGAGUUUGUAUCCACCUAUUGACAGUUUAGUUUUCAUGAUAGUUGUAUCAGAGUACCGGAAAAUUAUCACGAAACGGUGCUCUUCCAAAACCCACAGUACACCCCUGCAUUAUAUAACAGUUUGA